GAGGACCAUCAUGAAAUAGAAGGUCAUUCCCCACCAUCAACACCAACUUUUGAAGAUGCUCAACCUCGGCUACUGGUCAGAAAGACAGAGGAUGAAAAGAAGACUGUAACCGCAGCAAUCUUUCGUGGCAUAGGGACUGGACCAAGACAGCAAGUACCUCCCCAUAAUGUCAGGAUGACAGAAGAUGACGAUCAGACUGGAGACAGUGGAAUGGGAACUGGGUCUGACGAUCCGUGGGAUGUUCGAAGUUUCCCUUUUCAUCGAAAUGUCAGGAUGACAGAGAAUGAUGAUGAGACCGCAGACAUGAGAACUGGUGUUCCCCCCUUUCGUCCCAUUCGUCGGAUAAGAGGUGGACGAACAGAUGUAUCUUCAGAUAAAGGUAAU